CACCAAUGUAUGCGACAUCAGGAGCUCCUGGAAAAGAAAAGAAAAAGCGUAAAAAAAAGAAAGCAAACAUUGCUCAAAUUGAGAAUGUUGAAUUCAAAGAGACGGAAGAAGGAACUUCUACUGUCAGUUCUCAUGGUAGUUCUUCCACAACAACGACUGCUCACGAUAGUGCCACGAGUUUUACCCGAGCGGCAUACGACAUAUUACAACGUAAUACUGAUUCUCAGGUACAUGCUCGUGGUAACCAUGCUUUCACUAAAAGGCCUGACGAUUUUCUUGAAAUGCCAAAGAACUCUCAGUUGGCUUAUUGUUCGAAUUCUGAGAAUUCAAGUCUUUCUUCCACAAUGGCGAAAACCAACGUUGAGAACAAGGAGAAUGAAACAGAUGAACAAGUGGCUCGAUUAACAAAGAAAAGCCAGGAAGUUCUGCAUCUUAAAGACGAGUUUAAAACUGCGAAUGAUUUGAAAAAAAAUCAUUCUUUGACAACAUCUUUGCAAUCAGGGCAUUACACUGACUCAUCGCUCUUGUCGGAGGAAGAAGUGUGUGAGCCUCUUGUUGAUAUGAACAGCGGUGUAUCUCUAAUUCCCGUAGUUUGCCCCGAUGACGAUAAAGGAGUUAGGGUCUAGCUAUGUCAGAUGAAAAUGAGCGAUUUACUGUUGCACCUGAGACGUCGCGACAUUUAGUUCAUUCAAUAAAUGAUUCGCCCGUUUCAAGUAUUUACACUGAUGAAGACGUCGAGAAUGAUGCAAGUUUAGCAAUUGGAGCAACUGUUGCAGCGAUAUGUGCCACACGUGAUGGUAGCAUAGAAAUUAAUGAUUACUCAGGAUCGUCAUUGGUCAGAACCAUGGGUGAUGGUUGUAUGAAUCCGUCAGAGGAAUAUCCAUCAGGCAAAGAAAUGACUUCAGAAUUAAAACAGGCGAUUGUAUCGAUGAUGUUAAGAAAAGAUGAAGUUGAAGAACGUAACAGAUCGUUACAACAACAUUUGGAAAAAGAGAUGAUGAAGUCAGCUUCUCUUCGUUUUCAAUUAGAAGAUUUAAAAAGAGAUAUGUCGUCGAAAAAUGAAGAAAAUUGCGUCGCUUUUAACAGCUUAAAAAGUGAAAAUGAUUUGCUCAAACACCAACUAAAGAAAUACGUGGGUGCUGUUCAAUCGUUGAAAAGAAAUGACAUUAUGGAAGAAGCUCCAGAAAAUGAAAGACUUUCUUCUAUCAUUCUUUCUCCGGAAUCUGACGUCGACGAAGUGAGAAAGGAAGAAAACAAAGAUUUUGAGCGGAAGUUGAUCCAAGUCGCUGAUAUGCAUGGCGAACUUAUUGAACUCAAUGAAAGACUACAAAAAUGUUGAACGCUCGUGAAUAUCAGCUAAGAAU